UAUUUUUAUUUGUUUUUUAGGUUUAGACCCUAUAAAAAUGGCAAACGAAAAUUUUAUUGAAAUAUUAUUAAAUGUGGGUAAUUUACAAAAUUCUUUAGCACAUGCCACUCUCCCUGUUAAUGUUAUUCAAAAUUUCAUUCAGUAUGAUAAUUCUAAAUUUGAUCUUGUUUUUAUAUUUUCAUUUGGACAAACAUAUUGUGUUACUCUUGGACACAAAUACAACGCACCAGUGAUUAUGUUGAACGUUGUUAUGUUAUGGCAAGUCAAUAGCAAAUGGAUUGGCGAACCUUACACUUACUCUUAUAUUCCUGACCCUAGAAUUAGGACAACUGACAAAAUGUCGUUCAUGGAUAAGUUAAAAAACACAUUAGUCGGAAUUAUACAACUCUUUUUUACUGACUAUUACAAUCUUUCUGAGCAUAAAAAAAUUAUGAAUGCAUACUUCAGAUACUCGGGUUGGGAACAAAGACCUUCAUUGGAAGAUAUGUUACAUAAUAUUUCAUUGACUUUAAUAAAUGCUCAUUACACAGUUGGCCUAACGAGGCCUUAUCUACCCGGAACAGUUGAAAUUGGAGGACUUCAUGUAAAGGAGCCUAAAAAGUUAUCUAGUGUAAGUAUGAAACAAAUUAAAUAGAAUACCAAUAAAUAUAUGGUAAAGUGGGAUAAGUUGACAAAUGUAGAAUGAUAAUGAAUUCAGUGUUUCUCAAAGUAAAUCACAAAUAGCAACACAUCCUUACUAGAAGGGGUCUAUAUUUUUUUGGACAUGGAUAUCGUUUCGAUAUUUAUUCACAAUAUCGAAAAUAAUCCGACGUCGCAAUAAAUCGAUGAUCAACAAUAAUUGUUAUUGUAAUUAUUACAUAAAAUCAAUUGUAGUACUGCAUUAUAGUGAUAGACAUAAUCGAACAAUUUCUAUAAUUCGAUAAUUGAAAAAUUAAAUUUCAUCAAUUACACUAUAUCAAUAAAAGUAAUCCAUAAUUUAGGUUUUUAAUAAUAUGAAAUAAUCAAUAUAAAUCAUGAUAGAACGACAGUAAUUGGUAGUUUUUACCAUUUUCUUAUAUUAUUAUCUUACUAUAUGAUAAAAAAUUGAAAAAUUAGACAAUGCUUAAAAAAUUACUUAACGAUGUCUGAUUUUCAAAAAUUGGUGAAUGUUCAAUUAAAGAUAUGAUUGCGCAUGUAAAUUUUGUUUAAAUUUUAUGAUAGUCUACGUAGUGUUCACUAACAUCAAGGCUUUUAAAGGCUGUUUUUAACGAUUAUUAAGUUUCCUUUCGCCUACCUAUUGUUUUGAGUAAUAAUUAGUAGGUUAUUAUGAAAUAUAAUUGUGAAUACACCUAAGUAUUUUGUAGUUGUAUAAUUAAGAAUUUAAUUUACGGGUGGGAUUAUUUUUCUGGUAAACUGCUUUUGGAGUUUUACUUUUUUUUACACAUAUUAAAA